UAUGGCUCGUAGCUGUAGUAACGUCCCUGUACGAAUAAACAACCCAAUAUUUUGUUGUCAAUAUGGAAGACAGGAGAUCACUGUACGAUGUGAUUAAAGAGAAUUUAGCGGCAGCUGGAAGAAAACCCUUUCUGCAUCGCAUGAUUUAUAUUGGGCGCCAUAAUUUUGAAGACCAGCAAGCCAUUACACAAUUCUUUGAGGCAACAAUAAAAACAAUUAAUGGUGGAUACUGUGAUGAGCCUCUUACUGGAUUGUUUUUGUGGUAUAAUGACUACUUCAUCCAUGUUCUUGAGGGAUCAGAAGAAACACUCAACAGACAUCUGAAGCAUUUGCUGAAACAGAUAGAGGCCAGUGUAAUUGCGAUCAGUGCUAUGAAGAUUCUUCUCAUGUAUCAUCAUAUUAAACAGCGAUUCUUUCAACAAUGGUUUGCAAGACCAGUGAAUGCUCAUUUUUUACCUGAGUGUAUUUCACUGGAUUGUGAUAGGGACAAAACAGCUAAAUUACUACAGACAUGCGUUGGGAAACUUUAUCAGCUUGCUGAAUUACUCCAAAAGCAGACUGUGAGUGGACUGCAACUCGUCUUAGAUCAUUUGUCUGAACGUGUUCCACAUUUAUUACCAGAAAUGGAACUUAUGGAAUUUCUGCUCUCUAUCUCUUGGCUUUAUGAUCCUCAAUAUCUCAUCUCUCAUUAUGCAACCUUACCAUGUACUGUUCCUGAUACAGAGCUUGAGUUACCUGCAGCCACAGAUUUUGUCCCAUAUAAUGUACUCUACACUACACCUGAAGCACAGGAUUAAGAACUAUUUCGGGAGAGUCUUUCACUUAGCUGUAGAUUGUAGACACUGACAGCAGAGACAUUUGUGGUAAAAGUUCAAGAAUAAGAAAAGAUAAAUAGUCCACAUUUGAGGCUCAUUUCUCAUUUCUGUGUAAAUAAAAUGGUAGUGCAACUAAACAGCCAAUGAAGUCAAAGGAUCAGACUUCAGCAAUAUGAAUCUCAUAUUUAUUUUCUCCUAUGACUGUAGUGAAUCUCACUUUGUGGAAUGGAAGUAUAAAAAUUUGAAAUUAGUUGGAUAAAGAAUAUGUGGGUUCUAUGGGGAAUAACACAUCAGUUUAAAAAAUUAAAACUCUAAUAUCAUUAAAAUUGUAAUACUUCAAAAUUAGAAGGAGAAUUUUAUUUCAUUGCAGUAAAAGUAUGUAUAGAAAGAAAUUCUUAAAUAAUUUUUGAUAAUGGAUAUUUCAUAUUGCAGACUCAA